ACUGAGCUGCGUCCGUUUAUCUGAAAAAAACAUUUGUCACCACGCGUAGUUUUCAGCUGAGUGUUAUUGGAGAUGAGUUUUGCAACGUGUCUGUUCUGCCGAGCAGGACGAGAAGAAACAGUCUGUAGCGAGUUCUUCAGCAAGUUUGGGCAGGACCGGAGUGAGGAGCAGCUGGGCUGAUCUUGACGUUUGGGCUGUGGCUCCUCCUCCAGCAGCAAGAAGUUUGACUCCGCAGAAGGAGCAGCAGGAGCUUUAUCACAGCCACCAUGGCAGACAAUAAGAUGGGUCCAAACAUCCAGGCUGGAGCCGGAUUCUUCGCUAAACGGGUCCAGAAGUCCUUGAAUCGAGCUCAGGAGAAGGUCCUUCAGAAACUAGGAAAAACCUUUGAGACCAAGGACGAGCAGUUUGAGCAGUGCUCCCACAACCUCAACAAACAGCAGACUGAUGGCAACAGGUUGUCCAAAGACGUCAAAGCCUACUACACUGCAGUGAAAACCAUGCACGAGACGUCCAAGAGGUUGUCCCUGACGUUAAGAGACGUCUAUGAAUCGGACUGGGAUGGAGUGGAGGAUCUGGUUGUUAUUACAGAAAGUCAAGACUUGCUGUGGAAUGACUACGAAGAGAAACUGAGUGACCAGAUUGUUCGCACAAUGGAGAACUACACCAGCCAGUUCCCUGAAGUCAAGGAACGAGUUGCUAAACGUGGGCGCAAACUGGUGGACUACGAUUCAGCUCGGCACCAUCUGGAGGCGCUACAGAGUGCUAAGAAAAAGGAUGAAGCCAAAAUAACAAAGGCGGAAGAAGAGUUCAACAAAACACAGAAUGUCUUUGAGGAGAUAAAUAAUGAGCUGCGAGAGGAGCUGCCUGUUCUCUAUCAGAGCCGGAUCGGCUGCUAUGUGACGGUGUUCCAAAACAUCUCAAACUUGAGGGAUGUCUUCUAUAAGGAGAUGAGCGUGCUGAACCACGAUCUGUACAAUGUGAUGAAGAAACUAGAAACUCAGCACUCAGGAAAAGCGUUUAUCAUCAAAGGCCUGAACAGCACCAAGUCAAAGAACAGGCGGUCCCUGGUUAUCUCCAACCCCAUCCCCUGCAAUACAGCCUUCCCAGCCGACCACGUCUCCAUGUCCCCCACCCAAACCAGUAAAGAUGCUGAGCCAACGUCCCCGGUACUGAAAACUCAAAGUAUCCCUGAAGAAACCAACGAACCAAAAGACAGUGAGGUUCCAUCCAAAGACAGCACCUCGUCAGACUCUGAUGAGGUCAGCUCUGCUGGCACACACACGCCCAAAACACAGUCGAUGUGCGACAGUGAGAGUCAAAGUCAAGAGGAGGCGGAGGCGGCACUUGAAACAAACCAGUGUGAUGAUGCUGAGGUGGAAGUCCAGCAGUCAGAGACUGUAAGCCAUGAAGAUUCCGGUCUGUCUGAUUCUGCAGAGAGUGAGAUGCCACAGAGUCUUGAUUAUGAAAAUGUAACUGAACCACCACUGGAGGAGGUGAAGCCCAAACCUGCCCCAGUUCCCGCUCCUCGUCUGUCAUUCCGCUCCAAAGACAGACGCACCAUCACCCCGACUGAGGAGCGGCAGCAAACCGCAGCUGAACCUGGAGAUGAGUCUAGUUCUGAUGACCCACCUGGCUUCCUUUACAAGGCGGUGGCGCUAGAGAGCCAUGAAGCAACUGAAGACUGUUUAUUGGCGUUUCAAGAAGGAGACAUCAUCCUGGUUCUUUCUGACAGUUGUGAGGAAGGCGUGGUGAAGGGGAUCAGGGAGGACAGCUGGAAGCAGUACAUGGAUGUGGAAAGUCACUCUGGGACCUUCUUGGAAAAACUCAUCCAGCCUGUUCAGGCAGAGUGACGCAAUCCUGGACCUCUCCCUCGCUCUGGUUUCUGGCUCAGAUGGCCCAGAUGCCCCUUGUGGUUUCUCACGUGCUCUGAUGUUGUAACUUGUGUCGCACAAGUGGUGACUGAGUCUGAAAGUAUUUUGAUACAAGAAACUUAGAUUGUGAAAUUUUACAGUAUUUUUUUGUGUGUAUUUUUACCAUUUUAAAGUCUUCCUAUAAGAUACUGUGAAACCUUGUUGUUUAACUGCUGAUGUUUUAUAAAAUGAAUAAAGUUCUGAUUAAA